AUGUCUUGUCCAGCUGGUUGGAUGAAUCUUGUUUCAUCAUGUUUCUACUUCAGUACGAAUAAGGCUAUAUGGUCUCAAGCCAGAGCAUCCUGUAGAAAGCUUGGAGGGGACCUGGCUGUUCUUAGUAACCACAAGGAAAAUAAUGCCGUAUGGAACAUUGUUAAACAAAAACAGUUGGGUAAUCCCUUCAUUGGUUUGGUCAGAAAUCAGGAUAAAAAAUUUUAUACCGUCCAAGGAGUAAAGCCAUCUUAUAUAAAUUGGUACAGUGGAGAACCAAAUAAUCCUCAUCUAGAACAGUGUGGGCAGCUUCUAAUUCAUCACAACGGCCAAUGGAAUGAUGUUUCGUGCAACUCGAAGUAUCAUUUUAUUUGUCAAAUACAGCUAAUUAAAC